CCUCCCGGCCACGGCCCACUUCAGGGGGGAACCGCCGGGACUCUCUGCGGCGGUCCGAGCGACCUCCUCCACCACGAACUGCCCCGUGAACCCCGUGGCACCGAAAAUGAUGACAUGCUGACUGAUGGGUAGUACAGCAGACUUCAGCAGAUCAGUUGACUUCUUACUGCCAGAUAUUCACUGUCAGCAGAAACCUACCAACAAUGGCCCAAUACAUCACAGACCUCGAUGUGUCCAUCGAUGCAGGUGACGAGGAGCGUCUCCAAAAAGCAGAUUACAACAAAAUCAAUGUUAAUCUGAACAAAGGGGCAGGAGGAAAUAACAUCUAUCUGUGGUACAAACAAGGCAGCCAAAACCCAAUCACCAAGGUUCAGGCUACAUUCAAUGAUAAAAUGGCUGGUGGAUUGACCAGUGCAGGGUACACAAAGAUCAAUAGAGACCUCAAUGCUGGAGCCAAAGGUGAUCGCAUCUACCUUUGGUACUACAAAGGGUCCGGAGUAUUCGACACUCCUAUAGUGGAGGUUGAUGUCACUGCAGAUGCAGAAAGUGAUGCUCACAAGCUUUCCCUGGGUUGGGAGAGAUUGACCUGUGAUCUGAACCGCAGGGCUGCAGGGAACUGGAUCCAUGUGGUGGUGAAGAGAGAAAAUCAAACAUACAUCUGUGAUGUUGCUGCCACUGAUUCCUAUGCAUCAAACGAGAAGAUGUUGAAGGAUGGUUACAUCCGAAUGGAUGAAGACACCAACAGGGAUGCAGGAGGAUCCGAUGUCUUUAUCUGGUACCGUCAAACCACCAACCGCCAGCGUGCACUCACUGAUCUGCAGGUUUCCACUGAUGAUACUGAGUCUCAGUCCCUUAAGCAGCACAACUACGACCAAGUGAGUGUUAACCUCAACACAGGCACCGGAGGUAACAAGGUGUACCUGUGGCACAAGAAAGAAGGAGGCAAACAACCCAUUAAGGCCAUGGUCCUGCUCCUGCAACCUGAGAAAGCUGACGUGUAUCAGAGUCAGGGUGUCACUGUUAUCAAAAGAAAUCUCAACACUGGCACCGAUGGCUGGAUUGAGUACCUGUGUUAUCUUCAGUGAGAGCCUGAGAAAGCUUCUUUAAGGCAGCAGAGCUGAAGUAUCACAGUCCAGCAGCUGGUGAAAUCAUUUUGGUGAUGGCCUCUCACUUUUCUUCUUCUUCUCUUCAGUAUAUAAAACAGUGUGAUUCAUUGUGACUGUGAUGCUCCUGCCAAUAUCAGAAAGUACCAAUGGAAUAUGUUUCCUUCUGUCAAAUUCACGUCAGUUCAAAUCAAUCAAACGUAUUCAAGCGGCUGUUUGUCUACAAUGAUGUUAAUGAUUGAUUGAAUAUGAAGCUUCUGUAUCACUUUAAUCUGCACAUUUCCUGAUUAUCAAUAAAAACACGUUUGCAUGAAAA